UUAUUUUCCAGUUGAUGAUAGGUAUCAGUUAGUCACUCAGAUUCUGUCUUGGGCCUGCCUGAGCCAGCAAUCUGAGGGUCUAUAGCUGAGCAGAUCGACAGAGGCCUUGACCAGAGCAGAAUGCCACCUCCUAAGCCUGAGAAGUCUGCUGAGAUGAGCCCUGUGAAUUCUGCUGAGACCUGUUUGCCUGCCGUCUUGCAGGCCAUAGAACCUGUUCCUCACCAUCUGCUCUUUACCGGGACAUGCAGCUCUGCUCUGCUAGUUGCUCAGAUACCAUUUGCUUUUGACUCAAGAUGAUUUGAUGUCUUAUAAUAAACUUAUUAACCAUGAUGGCUACACAGACAUUAAGCAUAGACAGUUAUCAAGAUGGGCAACAAAUACAAGUAGUAACAGAGUUAAAAACGGAGCAAGAUCCCAACUGCUCUGAACCUGAUGUGGAAGGAGUGAGCCCGCCCCCUGUGGGGUCCCAGACGCCGAUGGAUGCAGACAAGCAGGCCAUUUAUAGGCAUCCACUCUUUCCAUUAUUAGCUUUGUUGUUUGAAAAAUGUGAGCAAUCCACGCAGGGCUCAGAAGGUACAACUUCUGCCAGUUUUGAUGUGGACAUUGAAAAUUUUGUAAGGAAGCAAGAGAAGGAAGGAAAACCCUUCUUUUGUGAAGAUCCAGAAACUGACAAUUUAAUGGUCAAAGCAAUCCAGGUUUUGCGUAUUCAUCUUCUUGAGCUGGAAAAGGUUAAUGAACUCUGCAAAGAUUUCUGCAGUCGAUAUAUUGCUUGUCUAAAAACGAAAAUGAACAGUGAAACUCUCUUAAGUGGAGAACCUGGAAGCCCGUACUCCCCUGUCCAGUCCCAGCAGAUUCAAAGUGCCAUCACAGGCACUCUCAGCCCCCAAGGAAUUGUGGUGCCUGCAUCCGCGCUGCAACAGGGGAAUGUAACUAUGGCAACAGUGGCAGGUGGCACAGUUUAUCAGCCUGUUACAGUCGUCACUCCUCAAGGCCAAGUAGUGACACAGGCGUUGUCACCUGGGACAAUCAGGAUCCAGAACUCCCAGCUUCAGUUACAGUUAAACCAAGAUUUGAGCAUCUUGCAUCAAGACGAUGGCUCAUCCAAGAACAAGAGGGGCGUUCUGCCAAAGCAUGCCACCAGUGUGAUGCGAUCCUGGCUCUUUCAGCACAUAGGGCAUCCCUACCCAACAGAAGAUGAGAAAAAACAGAUUGCUGCUCAGACAAAUUUGACACUACUCCAAGUUAACAACUGGUUCAUCAAUGCUAGAAGACGAAUUCUUCAGCCGAUGUUGGAUUCUAGUUGUUCAGAAACUCCAAAAACAAAGAAGAAAACUGCUCAGAACAGACCAGUUCAGAGGUUUUGGCCCGACUCCAUUGCAUCCGGAGCCACACAGCCACCACCCAACGAGCUCGCCAUGUCAGAAGGAGCUGUUGUGACGAUCACCACGCCCGUGAGCAUGAACGUGGACAGCCUCCAGUCUCUGUCCUCAGACGGCGCCACCCUGGCCGUGCAGCAGGUCAUGAUGGCGGAACAGAGUGAGGACGAGUCCGUGGACAGCCCAGGGGCUGGCGGGGCCGCGCUCACCCCCACCCACAUCAGUGGGCUGGUUCUGGAGAACAGCGACUCCCUGCAAUAUAGAAGAGUGCACUUUUGUAUUUCAUAGCAAGCUCAAGGGCGUCUGUGCCGGUGCAGCGACUUCUUUCAAGUGAGUGCGCGUGCGUGUGGGUCUUCAAGGACAUUCUUUAAAGGUUUAACGCUAAGUAUGUGACAAAUGACAAACCCCUGUGAGCCCCUAAGUAGAUUAAGGAACUUUUUAAAAAAAAUUAUGCAGUUUUAAUGCUUUCUGUGGUUAAAGCAGGUCCCCGUGGGCUGACUCCUUUGUGUAGCCCACAGGUUUGAAAGAAGCUUCUGCACCUUAAAACCGCCAGUGCGAGGUGGACAAGACGCGGCCGUAGACUGGUGUGACUCUGUGGUGAAUGUAUGGCAACUUCCGUACCUUUACGUUCUCUCAUAGUCAGUGAGCCUGUUUCGUUUGCUAUAUAUAAAAAGAAACUCCUAUUUUUACCUUGCUGGAAUUAUUGGAUAAAAAGCUAUUUUUAUAAAUUCGUUAUGAAUUGGAUUAUGACUAUAUUGAGGAUAAAAUUUCUAGAGAAGAAAUCAUACAUGCUUACUAUUUCAAUUUGGAGUGUUAUGAAUUGACCAAAUUUAAUGAACCUGCCUCAAGAUAGCUAGGGUAGUAAUUUACAUUUACUACUACAAAAGAAACAACUAUUUAAUGAAAUUUUGAUAUGUAGUCAAAUUUAAGUUUACAUGUAAAUGCUCAGAUUUCAUUUUCCACUUAAUCUAAACAUAUAUCUAAAGGUAUUUGCUAAGUAGGACUUAGUUAAACGAAAUGGUAGCCAGUAAUUAGUUCUUACCAUACAUAGUUCAGUCUAAUUUAAAUUUGACUACAGUUAAAUGGUGACUAUACCAUGUUAGCUGUGCGUUGUUUUAGAAUUUUUUAGUCAGCCAUAUGUUAUACAUAGAAUGUUUAUUGUAAACUAAUAUAAAAUGCCCUCUGUCCCACUGGCUCAGAGCUAGGGUAAAUCAGAAACAUUCAGCUUCGUUUCAUAGUUAGCAGAUAGCCAUGAAGUGACCAGGACCGUGCUGACAAGCGGUGCACGCUCCUGCGAUUGGCCACACACGUUACCCUUGGUCCUGGGCCGAGGUUUCCUCCUGGUAUGUGUUCCUCUGGAAUUUCCAGAGAUUUGGAAUAAUGUUAGGACUUCCAUUUCCUGGUGACAAGACGAAUCAAAAUUGUAGACUAGAUUUUUUGUUUAUUUUGGUGGUUUUCAUUUGCUCGCUUGCCAUUGGGGUUUUUCUCAGAGAGAAAACAGGGCGCUUGUUUCAGAGAGCAAGUCUGUAUGGAAUCUUACCUGCGACACCCAGAGUUCAGUGUGUUCCCAAGGAGGGGCUCAUGGUUGGGAAGGUCGUUAGUUCUUGAGAUUCAGCAGCAGUAGCUGGUUAUGGACCAGGUUUACUUUGAACGGUAUUCAGAGCUAGUGCAGAUUUUUUUCUGGGACUGACUUUUCCUUAAAAAUGUAUUAAAGUUAAUCAUAGGAAAGUACUUCCUAGAUAACCUAGAAGGCAGAAAGAAAUAAUAGAAAUUUCUUUUAAAGUAUUUCAGCAGCUUUAAAAAGAAAAGCUUGACUGUCAACUCUUUGGGGAGAGCAUACUAUUUUAAAGUAACUUGCAUUUCUUAUUUAUAAACAGUUUUUAAUAUUUUAAGUCUACAUAACUUUCAAAGAUCAUUUUAGCUUUACUUGCAUUCUAACUUUGCUGGACUUCUCAAAAUGAGGAUCUGUGGAGGCCAGCCCUCUCCACCUCCCCCCACCCCUUUGUCCCUUUGUCCCUCUGGGCCACCCUGCUCUUUGGUUGAGGAAAAACAUUCAGAGAAUGUAGGCUCCUUAUAGGUCAUUGUUUCUCUCCCCACCAGAAACCAUGGCCACCGUGGCAGCAGAUUGUUCGCCGAGGGCUGCACACACGAGUCAGUUUGGAUGCAGCAUGUCAGGGUUCGCAUUGGCCUGAAUUCAGCUUAUGUGCCCAAUGACAAGGCGUGGGCCUCUGCAGCUGAAGUGGUGUUCUUAGCCCUCAGCUCUUGUCACUGCCUUCAGGGGGCUAGGGCAAAGGUCAU